UUGAAUAUUCGAGUGUAAAGGUUAAUGAUACAAAAAGUUGGCAAAAUGUCUGCGGUGCACAAUCUAAGAAAUAUUUUUUUACUUCAUAACAGUUUUCGAAAUUCAAAGCAUGUUGUGAGCAUGCUACAUUGUAGUGCUCAAAAGUAUGUCAAUACUGUGACAUAUGCUCCAAAAUACACCAGCUCACGUCGCAAAGUGGCCUACUUGAAGGAACUGUACAGACGAAAGCUGGAAGUUGGUCCUGAUGAAGUAAAACACCCAUCUGCUUUUGGUUGCUGGAAUCAUGCAUCAGAGGUGUAUGCCUUUGGGAAACGACUUGGAGAAGAGUUUGAUGAGCAGAAACUGGCACAGGCCUUCAUCCAAAAAUCAUUUGUUGAGUCAGAAAAAGAAAAACAGAAAAAUCUUGGUCUUUUGCUAGAUGUAAAUGUAGAAGACAACACAAAAUUGGCGCAUGAAGGUAGAAUAUUGGCUAGUGACUUUGUAAAGGCAUACCUGCGAUAUUCAUACCCACAUCUGUUUGAGGAAGGGAUAUGUGCAAUCCAUGACUUCCUGAUGUCCCAUUCCACACUGUUUCAUGUUGCUUCCAAUCUGGGUGUAAGGGACCUCAUACAGUCACCGACAUAUCCACCAAGUGAGGAGGAUUACAUUACCACUCUGAUGGCAGUUAUUGGAGCACUAACGCAUUCUGAUUUGUCAGCUGCAAAUAAUGAUCAUGAUGUUACCAAUACCAAAAAGGGAUUGAGUCGAGCUGAGCUGUUUGUGCUUGACUUCCUGGUUCCCCAGCUGAUUGGGCGGGACGUGAUGGAGAUGUGGGAGCUGGCAAACCCUAUGGGGCUGCUGGUUGGGCUCCUGAGGGCCCGAGGGCUAGGGCAGCCAGAGCCACGCAUGUUGUGGGACGCAGCCAAAAACACCAUCAUGCCUGUGUACAAUGUGGGCAUAUAUGUGGACAAGAAACUCAUUGGCAAAUCCCCUGGUGAAACGGCUGCCAUAGCAGAAGAGAUGGCGGCAAGAGACACCCUGCGUAACCUACUCGGUAUGUCCAACAGUCGGUCACCACUACAGCUGGGAGACCAGGCUAGGCAUCUCCAGCUAGACUAUAGACUGAGGAACGCGAGUGUUCAGGAAGUGACCUCUGUGUAGACAUGUUGAUGUAUUUUUUAUAAAACCUGAUAUACGA